AGAGACCUAAACAGACAGGGCGAGUCUGACGCGGCGUCAGGGCUCCAGUCAAGUGCAAUUUUUAGCAUCUUUUAAUCACAUCUCACGUUUAUAAACAUGACAAACCCGCGAGUUUUCUUUGACGUGACUAUCGAUGGCGUCAACGCAGGCAGGAUUAUAAUGGAGCUCCGGGCCGACGUGGUCCCGAAGACUGCAGAAAACUUCCGUGCUCUGUGCACCGGAGAGAAAGGUUUUGGCUACAAGGGCUCCAGCUUUCACCGUCUCAUCCCUAAAUUCAUGUGCCAGGGUGGAGAUUUUACCAACCACAACGGAACCGGAGGCAAAUCCAUCUAUGGGGAGAAGUUUGCUGAUGAGAACUUCCAGUUGAAGCACUCGGGCAUGGGCACGCUCUCCAUGGCGAACGCCGGGCCCAACACCAACGGGUCCCAGUUCUUCAUCUGCACGGCUUCAACUGACUGGCUGAACGGGAAACACGUGGUGUUUGGCAAAGUCGUGGAGGGCAUUGAUGUUGUCAAGGCGAUAGAGAAGCAAGGCACAAAGAGCGGCACCCCAAAAGCCAAGGUCGUCAUCGCCGACUGUGGAGAGCUGAAAUAGUGCGUCGGAGCUCCUUCGGUUCCGCCUGUUCACCUCGUUCUCUCUGUGCUCUCAGAAACAUAAAUUGCCUAAAACACUGACUUUAAGUAUUUUAAAUGUGUGUGUAUUUUCUGCUACUUAAAUUUUAAACAGUCACAUUUAAUGCAACAUCUUUCUACAACGCCGAGUAAAUUAAAAUACUAGAUGUGAACAGAAUCUGUAAUGCAUCUUUUAUGUGAAAUACUUGAAUGAUAACACUUGAAAAACUCAAUAUGUUUAAGUAGAAGUUCCCCUUAACUUUGUAUAUAUUUAUUCAUUUAUUGGAUGGAAAAACUGUUUCGCAUUAAAUGUGACUAUUACUAUUGAACUUAUAAGAUUGGAUAUGAAAAUGUACAUGUAAUUAAAAUACUUAGUCACCAUUUUAGGCAAAUUAUCUUCGUGUUUAUAUCUGCAGCAUCCGUAGAAAAACACCCCAAUGAUCCCACUUUCUCCAGUAAAAAUGUCCUCUCUCCUGUGCUGAUAUUUGUUGUGUAAUAUUUUGUACCUUCUAAUCUGUUGUUUAAGGACCACAUUUGUUAACAAAAUCUGGAUAAAAUGAUGGUGAUCGUGUAAAUAAAACCACAUGAAAGCUUAA